UGAAGGUGGGGCGUAUCAGGACGGGAGGGGGUUUCGGUUGGAAUAUGCAAAGCGACUGCCUGUCCGCUCGGCUGUUCAUGUGCGCCUCUCCCUGGGUCGGGUGUGUGUUUGGCUUUCCCGUCUGUGCUUCAAGCAACGUGCGGAGCUGGUUUAAUGCCUUUUAUGCAUUGAGAAGGCAUGCGGUGGACGGCGGAUCUGCACUAUGUGAACAUAACCGCUCAGGAGAAACAAACGGGACCUGCAGAAGAGAGCCAGACAGGAAGACUCGGCGUAUUGUCAGAGCAACAGCGGCAAACACAAGCACAGCAAGGCACGUCUGCAAUCACACCGGCUAGUAAAAGGAUUGGAUGAAUGCACCUGUGCUGCAGCCACACUUGUCAGACCGGUUACCGUGUGAGAGGACUCGAGCGGGCCUGACGGAGGAGGUGUUGCGUGAAGGUGACGAGAGGCCGUUGGGUGGUGUGGGCAGCUGAUCAAAGCCCUGUAAGUGGGCACUGACCCAGAAGAGACGAGGUUGCCAGCCAGGAACAGAGGGAGAGCGAGACAGCCAGCUUUCCGUCCCGUCGGGGCCCCAAGGCGGCUCCCUGAAGACCCCAUGAGUUGGCGGGAGUGUCCCCAGAGGGGGCCGGAGGCCUCGCGUCCCACCCCAGAGCAUCUGAGCUCCCUGCCCCGCGGGCGCGGUGGCGCUGGGUGUCGAGAGGAUUAACCCCCACACCCCUCCCUGUCACCACCACCCCCCCCCCCCUCCUCCCUCCGCUCCGGCAGCAGCCCCCCCCCCCCCUCCCUGCGCUCGUUACUCGGCUGUGAUCCAGAGAUGCCGUCCUGGCGAGCGUUGCCCUACAGCCCCGCAUGGGGACGUGGCACCAGCCGGGAUGGGGUGCCCUUGCCCGCGUUGACGCUGCCACGUCUGCUCUGGGCGUUGGCGCUCGUCCUCCUGCUGUUCGGCGCCGGCUGCGGCGCCAUCCACAUGGACUCUGCCCAGAGCCACAGCGCCUUCACCUGCGAGCCCAUCGGCCUGCGCAUGUGCCAGGGCCUGGCCUACAACACCACCUUCAUGCCCAACCUGCUCAACCACUACGACCAGCAGACCGCAGCCCUCGCCAUGGAGACGUUCCACCCCAUGGUGAACCUGCAGUGUUCUGCGGAGCUGCGCCCGUUCCUGUGUGCCCUGUACGCGCCCGUGUGUAUGGAGUACGGGCGCGUGUCCCUGCCGUGCCGCAGCCUGUGUGUGCGCGCCAAGCGUGACUGCCAGAAGCUCAUGGACAUGUUCGGCGUGACCUGGCCCGACGACAUGGACUGCUCCAGGUUCCCGGACUGUGACGAGUCGUACCCUCGGGCCGUGGACCUGCUGACCAUCGAGACUCUGACGGAGGAGCCGCCGGUGUCGGUGCAGCGGGACUACGGCUUCUGGUGCCCGCGCGAGCUGAAGGUGGACCCGGAGCUGAGCUACCGGUUCCUGGGCGCGCGCGACUGCUCGCCCCCCUGCCCCAACAUGUACUUCGGGCGCGAGGAGCUGGCCCUGGCGCGCUACUUCAUCGGCGUGGUGUCCAUCGUCUGCCUCUCCGCCACGCUCUUCACCUUCCUCACCUUCCUCAUCGACGUCACGCGCUUCCGCUACCCGGAGCGGCCCAUCAUCUUCUACGCCGUCUGCUACAUGAUGGUGUCGCUGGUCUUCUUCCUGGGCUUCCUGCUGGAGGACCGCGUGGCGUGCAACGCCGCCAGCCCCGGAAGCUUCCGCGCCGCCACGGUGACCCAGGGCUCGCACAACAAGGCCUGCACGCUGCUCUUCAUGACGCUCUACUUCUUCACCAUGGCGGGCAGCGUGUGGUGGGUGGUGCUCACGGGCACCUGGUUCUUGGCGGCCGUGCCCAAGUGGGGCAGCGAGGCCAUCGAGAAGAAGGCGCUGCUGUUCCACGCCAGCGCGUGGGGCAUCCCCGGCCUGCUCACCAUCACCCUGCUGGCGCUCAACAAGAUCGAGGGCGACAACGUGAGCGGCGUGUGCUUCGUGGGGCUGUACGACGUGCAGACGCUGCGCUGGUUCGUGCUGGCUCCGCUGUGCGUGGACGUGGUGGUGGGCGUCUCGCUGCUGCUGGCGGGCAUCGUGGCGCUGAACCGCGUGCGCAUGGAGAUCCCGCUGGAGAAGGAGAACCAGGACAAGCUGGUGAAGUUCAUGAUCCGCAUCGGCGUCUUCUCCGUGCUCUACCUGGUGCCGCUGCUCACCGUCAUCGGCUGCCUCGUCUACGAGCAGAGCUACCGGCACGUCUGGGAGACCACCUGGAUCAGGGACCGCUGCAGAGACUACCACAUACCCUGCCCAUACCAGGUGGAGGAGACGGGUAAGCCGGACCUGGUGCUGUUCCUGAUGAAGUACCUGAUGGGGCUGGUGGUGGGAAUCCCCUCUGUGUUCUGGGUCAGCAGCAAGAAGACCUGCUUCGAGUGGGCCAGCUUCCUGCAGGGCCGCCGACGCAAGGACAGCGCUGUGAACGAGAGCCGACAGGUCCUCCAGGAGCCCGACUUUGCCCAGUCCCUGCUGCUGCGUGACCCCGCGACCCCCGUCGUCAGGAAGUCGCGGGGCACGUCUACGCAGGGCACCUCCACCCACGCCUCCUCCACCCACCUGGCCAUGGCCGACGAGGAGCGCAGCCGAGCCGGCAGCGUCCACAGCCGCAUCAGCAGCUUUCACGGCAGCCUCCACCGCUCCAGAGACGGCAGGUACACGCCCUGUACGUACCGCGGCACUGAGGAUCGGCCGCCCUACGGCAGCAUGCCCCGCCUUAACGAACAAGUGUCCUCCCGUCACGCGAGUAUCCAAGACCUGGACAGCCAAUCACGGCACGGCAGCCAGAGCCACGCCUCUGCCUCUGUCACCGCCCCUAUCCUCCCCUCCCCCAGCUACGCCCCGGCCACGAGCAUCACACACGGCUCCAGCAUAAACCAGGCGGAGGAUGGGGCCAGCGCGUAACCCACGGAAACGGGAGCAGAAUUUCCUGAUGGACAGGCUGUGAUGGGGUCAGACUGCAUGAGUGUGUGUGUGUGUGUGUGUGUGUGUGUGUGUGGGGCAGACUACGGUUGAUCUGAAGUCUUGUGAGACACUUGUGAACUCCUCUCUCGUCAGAAGUGGGACGAGGUGCUAACUUGACGCCGCCGCAUCCCCUCACGCCUCAGGCUGUCCUCUUUGAACGGAAGCCACUGCAAAGACCACCGCGACAGCUGUGUGUGUGUGUGUGUGUGUGUGUAUCACUCAGACCUGUGGUGGUGCCCCUGUUAUGUGACACACACACACACACUGACUGCUAAUCCAAUAAGACUUGGAUGUGUUUUCUACUGUGACUAUGACAGGGAUGCUGGAUAGAGGCAGUAAUGUAUGGAUCUGAGUUGUGUACUACUGAAGGCCCAUGAGCUCUACUGGCCUGCUCUGGGG